UGUCUAUGUUAAUCGCCCGAGUUUUAAGAUUUUGGUGAAAGGUUAGAAAGUUAAAUUUAAAAUGAUUACUGCGCUAAGAAACUCUGUACGGGCUUCAGUUACAAGCGUAGUGAGAUUGUUCCAAACGAGUACGCCUCAAGCUACUGAAAAGUUUGUUCAUAAACGUAUUCCUGCUCCAGACGAAGGAGUCCAAGGAGAGAAGAUCAUUGAUCUUGAUUCUGCUCUGAAGACGAAACAAAAUUUAUUCCCAACCUUAGAAUCAGAUUACCAACUGUAUAAUGGAAUUCCCUACAAGGAUCUACCGAUAUGCAAUAUCCGUGUUAGCCAUAACAAUACAAUAUUCACAUUAACCGAACCCGAUGGCAAGGUCAGAAUCAUAAGAUCAUGCGGCAUGGAAGGAUUCAAGAACACCAAAAAAGGAACCAACAUUGCUGCUCAAACUACUGGAAUAACUAUUGCAACGAAAGCUGUUGUCCAGGGAUAUAAUACUGUACGAGUAAGAGUCCAAGGCUUAGGACCAGGGCGACUGUCGGCAGUCAAAGGCUUACAAAUGGGGGGUUUGAAUAUAGUUUCAAUCACAGAUAACACACAUGUGUCAUGGAAUCCACCAAGAGCAAGGAAAGCAAGGAGAUUGUAAAUCAUAUAAUAAAUAUUUAUUAAAUUAUAGUUAAAAUAAAAUAAAAUUGUCAUAUACAAAAUAUUUUAUUA